AUGGAGUCCUCGAUGCAGAAUUCGAAUCCGACUAUUUUGAAUGCUGCAGAUCUUCCCACCCGUCUGCGUCCUACAUCAUGCAAAGCGGGCACUUACGGAGGCGGAAUCCUUGCGUCAGCGCUCCCCUCUCUAGCGGAUCCCACCAACUUCAGUCUUAGUGAAUCGGAAGAGUCUGAUGAAGAUGUUGAUUUGAUGGAAGAGCCGAUUGAUGAACAGGAGAUCUACGAUCUUGUGUCGACCAUAUCCGACCCCGAGCAUCCCAUUUCACUUGGAGCUUUGGCAGUCGUUUCGCUGCCUGACAUUUCUAUCCAACCAACCCUGCCGGAUGUACCGAGCUCGCUUCUUCGCACAGUAUCCGUUCUCAUAACCCCGACGAUAACACAUUGCAGUCUGGCCACAGUGAUAGGUCUUGGUGUACGAGUUCGAUUGGAGCAAUCAUUACCUCCGCGUUUUCGCGUGGAUGUCCGGAUCAAGGAAGGGACACAUAGUACUGCCGAUGAAGUCAAUAAGCAAUUGGCCGACAAAGAAAGGGUGGCUGCUGCACUGGAAAAUGGUACGCUAAUGGGCGUCAUCGCAAAGAUGCUCGAAACGUGCCAAUAAUCCGAUCGUACUGCUAUUCGGACGCCGUUUAUGACCCUCGUCGGCGUCUCUACUAUGCCAUAAGAAUACCCGUUUCGACGAUGACUCGAUUUGACU